UUUUUUCCUUGACCGGGUUUUUGUUAAACUAGCAUCUUCGCUUCGGUUGUUACGCCUUAACGCCUUACGCCUUACGCCUUCGCCCCCCCAUUCUUAUCGCGUUUCCCGCUUGCAGGUGGCCUUCUCUAUCUCUCGUCUCUGUCUCCGUCUCCGUCUCCGGGCUGUUCCCUCUCCCACCUUCUCCGAUGCUGCCCUCGCCCGCCGGACCCGGCAUAUCAACCCCAAACACAACCGCCGCAGGAUCAAAAGGUUCAAAGCGUUCCGCUUCCGACCUGCAGCAUAAUGCCGGCUACCCCCAGGCCACGCCAUCGAAAAGACAUGCAAACAACAAAGCUUCCGCUGCGGCUGUCCCGACCACCGUCCCAGCGUUCAAUGUCGCUAGCGGCCCUGCUAUGGGUGUUGGUCUAGGCGUAGGCGUUGGCAUUGGCGCUGGCGCAAGUACUCAGAUCGCCAACAUGUCGUCACAUGCUGGACUAUCAAACUCACAACCACCAUCAGUACAAACACAUCAGCCACCCAUGAUGGUGACAGAAGACCAACUAGUUGGGCGGACGCCAGAUCAACUUAUAGGCACUAUCCUCCAGAUCCAGGCUCAACAUCAACAAUAUGUCGCUACGAUAUCUGCUCAAUACAACGGCUUGUCUGCUCAAUACAACAACAUUACGCAGCAGCUCGACGAUAUGAAGCAGCUUCAAGGUUCUCCACAGGGCUAUAUGGACUCUAGGACAUCUAGACCUGUGGCCCCUCCUGUGACCACGCUCCCGCAGCAGUCUCCUACAGGCCCUCCACGGUUGCCUGCCUCGCAACCGACGACUCGUCCUACGAGACCCCCGCCCCAGUCCCCACAAUCCUCGCAUAUGGAUGCACGAUUACUGCCAAAGCAACCUCAUUUACAACCCCCACAAACACCAGGCCCACCUGCGUACGACUACCGGACAGUCGGGACGGUUGAGGAGGUAUGGAAAGAAUACAGGCAUGGAAUAGAUGGCCAACCGGCAGUCGAGCAGCUCGAUGCUGACUGGGGAUCCCGGUGGCGUCCUGAACCACGUGGCAGGACCUGGUACUCCCGCAGGAAGGUGAUAUGGGACAAGAUUAAGGAGUAUAUGGCCGACAACAUGCCCGAAGACGAGGCUGUCAAGGAAGUUGAGAAGCUGCGUGAUGGAGGCACCAUCAACAAACUGAUCCGGAUGUUACAGGACGAGCGGAAGGAUAAGGGGAUAGCCGAUGACAGUACAGUUGCUUAGGAGGCUGACAACACGGCUGCUUCCGCAUCCGCCUGGGAAGUGAUGCCAACAGUACGUGGGACACGACCAGGUCACUGCGGCCAUGGUAAAGGCACAUGAGGCAGUCUUGCCCAAAGGCAAUGGGUC